AUGGCUAUUCUCACUGAAAUAGCCAUCCUUGAACAGAAGUAUACUGAAUCAUGCAAGAAGCAUGGAGUCCAACCCAACACUGCCAUUUUAUCUGCCUUAUUUGAGGCGGUGGUUAAAAAGUCGAGGAAUCAAAGAUGUAUCAUGAACCUUUUAUUGGAUAGAGUGAAGUACGAUGACUUUCACCCGCUUCUCGAGUUAUGCAAUGAGAUCAAUGCAUCUGAAGUAGAAGAAAUAGAUCUCUUUGUGAGAUCCUCUUGUUCUUUGGAAGAUCAGUAUGCAUUGUCCUUAAUACGUUCUGUUAAUCAAAAGCUUCGAGUUGUUCAUUUACAUGAUUCUUUUGGGAAAAACUUCUGGCGGGACUUUAUUCAAGGUUUGAGCUGCAAAGUGUUGAACGUGAGGUCUUUGCAUUUCCAUAAGCUUAACAUCGUUGGAGAGUUCGCACAGCUGCACACGCUUAUACUUGAUAAAAACCGUUUACUUGGUUUUGGAGAAGGCUGUUUUUCUUGCAUGCCCCAAUUGACACAUCUUUCCAUGUGUGAUACGCUAGUGUCGGAUCUUUGGACAACAACUGCUGCUCUCUUGAAACUCCCCUCUCUUAAGGAGCUCCGGUUCCAAAUUUGGAUCUGUUGCAGUGAUUCUAGUCCACUUAAAUCACAGUCAUCGUCGUCAUCUUCUACCCGAGAUGAUGAAAACAGAUUUAAUGAAUCAAACUCUCCCAUUGGAGCAGGUUUUUCGGACGUUUUCGAACAUAUGGAUCCUGAUUUACCUGUUGAAGAGACUCUUCAUAGCAUGGAUUUCUCAUAUGAAAUUCCUGAGCAAGAACUGAAUGGAGAAGUAUUCAUGAGAAAAAAGGUUAGGAAAGCUAAGAUACCGUACCAAUCCGACGAUGUUUCACCUGUUGGUUCAUUCACCAGACAAUUUGGGAAUGUUGGGUUGAAAUAUAUAUCCUCUAAAGCAUCACCUAUAUGUUUCAAAAAGCAUUACAGGAUGUACAUGAUAAACUCUCUACCCAAAUUAAAAGUGUUGGACGAUUUGGCUAUCAGAAAGAGUGAUAGAGACAGGGCCAUUGAAACAUAUUCCACAAACUUUGAGCACUUACCGUACAAGAGAAAGAAGAAGGAAAGUGUAGUUAGAGUCCUUGAGAAGCGUGAAACGAGAUCAAGCAAAGGGAGAUCUCAGAAUUUCUAUACAAGGUCACUUUGUGCGUCUAGGAUGGGAUCGUCCUCUUGGCCUCUCUUGCAUUCGCUUCCUUUUAGUAGGAUUCACCGGGAAGAUGAAAAUAGGAGAUUAAGUCCAAGGCAGUUUGAAUACCAUCCGUUGGAUCCUAGCCUAAUGGUAUUCGGGACUUUGGAUGGUGAGGUGGUUGUUCUUAAUCAUGAAAGCGGGAAAAUUGUCCGUUACAUCCCAUCUCAUGGAGCUCAGAGUAGUAUCUUGGGACUUUGUUGGCUCAAGAUGUAUCCAUCUAUGGUUAUAGCUGGCUCAGCCAAUGGCUCAUUGAAGCUGUACGACAUCCAAAAAGCAUCGAAGACGGUUACUACUAGCAGUCACGCUGCUUCCGGUUCUGUUACUUAUGAUGAGUUUGACCAAUUAACUUCGGUUCAUGUUAAUUCGAUGGACAAACUAUUUCUUGCUAGUGGAUACUCAAAGGAUGUGGCUUUGUAUGACAUUGGUAGCGGAAAACGCCUCCAGGUUUUCGCUGAUAUGCAUCAAGAGCACAUUAAUGUGGUGAAAUUUGCAAACCAUUCUCCGUUUCUUUUUGCGACUUCUUCCUUUGAUAAAGAUGUUAAGCUAUGGGAUUUGAGACAAGAGCCGUCCCGACCAUGCUACACCGCUUCUAGUACAAAAGGAAACGUGAUGGUUUGCUUUUCUCCAGAUGAUCGGUAUCUUCUAACAUCAGCCGUGGACAACGAGGUAAAGCAGCUUUUGACAGUUGAUGGAAGGCUUCAUCUGAAUUUUGAGAUAGUCCCAACAGGAAGCUCCAUGAACUAUACUCGAUCAUAUUACAUGAAUGGUAAUGACUACAUCGUCAGUGGAAGCUGCGAUGAGAAUGUGAUCCGUGUUUGUUGUGCUCAAACGGGAAGACGCCUCAGGGAUGUAUCUUUAGAGGGAAACGACUCAGACUUCUCCAUGAUGUUUGUCCAGUCUCUACGCGGUGACCCCUUCAGGGAUUUUAACAUGAGUGUUUUGGCUGCGUACACUCGACCGAGCUCAGUGUCUGAAAUAGUUAAGGUGAAUUUGUUAGCAUCAAGAGAUUCAAUAGAAGAACAAUCUUAUGGUCUUCGUUGUUAUCCUUCAAAUAGCAUGGGAGGCUAA